AUGAGUUUCGGAAGACCACCCAACAUUGAAUCAUUCACAGGUGCACCGCCUCUUUUGGGAAGUUUUCCCGUUGACCACUAUGGUGAAUGCAAAGACUUCAUGAAAGAGUAUGUCAAGUGUAUGCGUGCCAACAAGAACAAUAACGGAGAAUGUCGCCAUUUCUCUCGAGCUUAUCUGCAAUGCCGUAUGGACAAAGGUUUAAUGGAAAAAGACAAUAUGAAUAAUCUUGGUUUUGCCGAUUUGGAUAAACAAAAAAACAACGAUGCUUCCCCUUCAAAAGACGCCUCCCCUUCAAAAGAUGCCUCCCAAAGCUCCUGA